CUGAGAAGUGAAAGUAAAAGCGAAAAUUUCUGAGAAGCACCUACACAAACUGACGCACCGCGACAAGGGUUUUCUUUGAUUUUUAGUCUUUUACUUUAGAAUCAGCACCUAAUAUGCUGCACAGUCUGAAUUCCUUUGCGCUUCAGCCGGGAGGUUUCUCUUUUGAGAACAGCCGCAGGAAUGCCGUGCUGGAGUCUAAUUUGUCUCAGGCUGGUUACAAAGCUCCUAAUGCCAGGAAGACAGGCACCACCAUUGCUGGAAUUGUAUACAAGGAUGGAGUCAUCUUGGGAGCAGAUACCAGAGCUACAGAUGACAUGGUUGUGGCUGACAAAAACUGCAUGAAAAUUCACUACAUUGCUCCAAAAAUCUACUGCUGUGGAGCUGGUGUUGCUGCAGAUGCAGAAAUAACUACACAAAUCAUGUCAUCCAAUGUGGAACUUCACAUGCUCAACACUGGGCGACCCCCACUUGUUGCUAUGGUUACCAGACAGCUCAAACAAAUGCUGUUCAGGUACCAGGGUCACGUGGGGUCAUCUCUGAUUGUUGGAGGAGUUGAUGUGACUGGAGCUCACCUGUACAGUGUUUACCCUCAUGGCUCUUAUGACAAACUGCCUUUUCUCACCAUGGGAUCUGGAGCAGCAGCUGCUGUCUCUGUAUUUGAGGACAGGUUCAAACCAAAUAUGGAGUUGGAAGAGGCGAAGCAGCUAGUACGAGAUGCCAUCGCUGCAGGGAUUUUCUGUGACCUGGGUUCAGGCAGUAACGUCGACUUGUGUGUCAUCACUGAAGCUGGAGUGGAAUAUUUGCGUGGCUAUGACAAGCCCACAACGAAGGGGAAAAGAGAAGGGCAGUACAGGUAUAAGACUGGGACCACCGCUGUCCUGACCAAAACUGUGACACCCCUGUCCCUGGAUGUGGUCAAUGAAUCUGUUCAGAUUAUGGACACUGAAUGAAAUUCAGCAGCAUUUUUCAGCUAGAAUAAAAUGUAUUCAGUAGAAUAGGAUGAAUAAAAAAAACCUUGUUAAAUGA